UGUAGUACAUAUCUGGGAUCAAAGGUGUCUAUAUAAAGUCCUUGAAUCUGUGUGGGUUCAAACACAUUUCAAAGGUUCAGGAUCCUGAAAGGUUUCACUCUGCUUCCUGAAGACCUGACUUGGUUCCCAUAAAGCCAUGGCUUGCCUUGGGCUCCGGAGGCACCAGGUUCAGCUGCAGCUGCUUCCAAGGACCUGGCCCUGCUCUGCCCUCUUCUCUCUUCUCUUCAUGCCUGUCUUCUCUAAAGCGAUGCAUGUGGCCCAGCCUGCUGUGGUGCUGGCCAGCAGCCGGGGAGUCGCCAGCUUUGAGUGUGAGUAUGCCUCUUCGCACAAUGCCAACGAGGUCCGGGUGACUGUGCUGCGGCAGGCGGCCAGCCACACCUCUGAAGUCUGUGCCGCGACCUACACAGUGGAGAGGGAGCUGGCCUUUCCUGAGGACUCGGCCUGCACUGGAACCUCCAGUGGGAACAAAGUGAACCUCACCAUCCAAGGGCUGAGGGCUGUGGACACCGGGCUCUACAUCUGCAAGGUGGAGCUCAUGUACCCACCACCAUACUUCGUGGCCAUGGGCAAUGGGACCCAGAUUUAUGUCAUUGAUCCAGAACCAUGCCCAGAUUCUGACUUCCUGCUUUGGGUCCUUGCAGCAGUCAGUUCGGGGCUGUUUUUUUAUAGCUUCCUCGUCACAGCUGUUUCUUUGAGCAAAAUGGUGAGUGUGCCCCCGACAGUGCACCGUGUUUGGUGGGGUUGUAUUCAGUCAUUCAGAUCCACUGACCAAAUCACAGUGUCAGUGUUAAUUUCUGGAGGUGAAGCAAUCCACAAACAGGAGGAAGGACAGUGGCAAAGAACACUAGAGCCUCAAGCAUUGGCCUUUGAGGUUUCAAGAUGACUAACAUGGGCAUGAGCAUGUUUGACAUUGAAUGUUUGUGUGCUUCUGAACAGGGUUUCAGUUUGAGUAAUCGUUUGAACAACAUGGGGCAGCUGUUUUGUUCUGCAGCUUCGUGACAACUGUAUUUAAGUUGAUAAUCUGAAAUAUAAGAUGAGGUUGGGCAAAAUGUUACUAGUAAGGACUGUCAGGAUGGACUUUUAUUCUCCUCCUAAAUGUCCCUGUGCUUCACAUGAAACCCAUCUCUUGAGGCCACCCUGUGCCUUCCUUGUCUAUGCUGUAGCUGCCCAAGGGGUCCCUGUCCCUAUUAUUAAGCCUCCGUGAUGGAGGCAUCUUGGGCUCUUUUCCAGCCAAGUAAUGAAAGUCCCAUUUUCAGUCACUGCAGUUUUUGCUGGUGAAAGAGAAAGAGGUAUGGAAUCAGGCUGCUGACAUUUCCCGUGAGCACCUGUGCCUACAUCACAAACCACUCUUCCUUCUUCUUUUGUCUCCUUUCUCAUCUUCCCUACCCAUUUCCCUCUUUUCUCUCUCUCCCCCUCUCUCUCCCUCGCCCCCCUCUUCUUUUUCUGUCUUGGAGACCCUCCCUGCAGCAUACACACAACUCAAAAAGCCUGUGCUCAAUUGACAGUGAUACUGUGUUGCUGUGUGUUCCCCCUGCCUCAUUUGCUAUCCACGGCUACACAGCUUACUGAAGUAAUAGACUAGUAGCUAAUGCAGACAGAAGUAUAGCAAUAAAAAUCAUGUGAAGAAUGGAGACAGGAAAUACAGCUCUCAGAGAGGAUAACUAAAGUUGAUGGCCUGUCACGCUUGUUCAUCCAUAGACAAGAUCUUGUCAAUUUUGUUGGUAUUCUGGUGUUCUGUUUUCUCAAAGUCUCUUCCUUCUAUCUUCCAGUCAGGGAAAAUGGUUACUAUUUUACAGCUACAUCGCUGACUUAUUUAUCUAAAAUGAAUUUUAAUCAAGUAGAAUCAAGAAAAUCUCCUGGAGUUCAUAAUUCUGUAUAUUGUGCACAUGUAUUUUCUGUGGGGUAAGGACCAAUAUUUGCUGAGUCUAAUGGUUAGAUGUAGCUUUUUCAUUCUUUGAUAGUAAUUACUGUUUCUUUUUAUGUUUGGCAGCUAAAAAAGAGAAGUCCUCUUACAACAGGAGUCUAUGUGAAAAUGCCCCCCACAGAGCCUGAAUGUGAAAAGCAAUUCCAGCCUUAU